CCUGCAAAGUUUUUAAUAUUUUUAUAAAUUAAACAUUAACGACGUAAAGUGUGUUCUAACUAAAUAACAAUUUAUAAAACUUUGAAAAUGUCGAUUCCUGUAUUACGACGUCCGAAACAAGUUGAAAAAAAUAACAACAUUAUUAUUGAACCAGAAGAUUUUAUGAUACUAACUUUGAAAAAUGGUAAAAAACUUGUCGUGUCUUCAGACUCAUACCACGGCAUUAUAACUUCCAGUAAUAUAUACAAAUGCGUGAUAUGUAACGAAGAAUUUAGUUUGGCAAAGGGUGAUAAAGAAAAACACAAGAAAUCGCAUAAGCACAAGCAAUUAAUGAUUUUGUCGCCACACAAGGAAGAUUUUGCUGAGAAUUUAAUACGCCAGAUAGAAACUGACAUCUGCUAUUGCACAAUAUGCAAUGUGGUUGUUCCAUCGAGAACGUUAACAAGACACCUCUCAGCUGAGGGACACACUACAGAACUGAAGAAAGCCAAGCUAAGAUCGUUUACAUAUCAACCUUUGCUAUGAGUUGUGCGGGGCGCAACCAAUUUAGUAUAUUUUAAAUCAUAAUAGAUUAUUUUGUAAUGGUGCUUAAAAUUUAUAUUGUCUGUCUAACAAAUAUAUCGUUAAUAUAAGUGAUUAAAAUAAUUUCUUCAUUAUACAUCACUAUAAUUUUGUACAUGCUAUUUUUUAUUUACUUUAAAUCAAAAAGGAAAUGUGCA